GCCUAUCAAGAAGCACAUCAAAAGGCCCGCCAAUAGGCGCAACAAGAUGUUCGUCAAAACGCUUAUCAAAGGCACACGAAAUGCGAGCUCCGACGUGGCAAGAUGCACAGACUUGGAAGGAUGGAGUUCUUCACAGAAAGAUGUUACUUCGCUUUUUUUGGCGGCUUGUCCGCGACUGCCGCAUGCUUUGUCGAGCACUUCCACUGGCUGACAUUGAUCAUUUGGCAUCUACCAGCACGUGGGACGAAGAAUUCGCCAAAGCUAUGUUGCUCGAUCCUCAUAACGGAGCAGUCUCAACCGUAUCUUACUAUGAAUUCAUAGAGUGUUUGAUCCGAUGUGCGUGGGCACUCCAUCCUAACCUAAGCUCAAUGAGCGAGCGAUUCACAACCAUCAUGGCCCAAAACAUACAACCACAUGCACGGCACGAUAGCAGGGACAGUAUUCAGAAGGAAAUAUCAGUUGCCAGGGGAGGAGCGGAUAUCGAGGCACACCGGCCUAAGCUUAUGAAAAUUUACAAAUUUUUCUGCAAAUUUGCUCAAGUGGACGCUGCCAAAUCGGAGGACGGUAUUGCUCUGGACACAGCAACGCAGGCGAGCAGUAGGAAAUCUUUGACAUCUUCAUUACAUGGAGGUAAGAAGAUCCCAGAAGCCAGCAGGGUUCCGGUCCGGCCCUCGGGCGACGGAACCAAAACGCCGGCAGACUCGACGGAAAUACAAGCAACCCUCCAACGGAAAGGGCCGCAAGAGAAUGCCGCAGCCAAUGCAGAUGUAAGACCCAAGAGCUUUAGACAAGACACUUCCAGAAGCCCCUCUAUUUGUGAAGGCAACAUAUGGAUGUGUUUCAACGACCUGCUCAGAAUGCUAUCACGGCUCGAUCUCUACUCUCCUCAACUGACCCCGCAGAAGGUGCUGACACUCACAACAAUUACCACCGGAGACAAGGACCUGAUGCCGCACGAGCAUCCGCAUAAUUAUAAAUCCAAAAUCAUAUUCGAGGAGUUUGUGGAGAUUCUGGCGCGGAUUGGGGUUGUCAUCCUUAGCGCCAAGCAUAGGGUCCCAGCGUAUGCUCUCCUUAAAGGUCCAAAUGGAGCUUGGCGUACUUUUGACAGUUUUCUUGAGAAGAUAUUCUACCCAGCCGUCAAGAGAACGUUUCCAGCGAGACUGUGAUCCAUCACCAUGCACAAUCACAGAGUUCGAUAACCAGCAAUCACUCGCGAGGUACAGCAGGAGCCAGGCGACCUUAAACCGGAAUGAUGACUGCGAGGUUGGUUUUGUUGGUGGACCGAAAUUUCGAGCAAUCCAGCCAGCUGCUGAGCUGUUGCAUGGGGCGCAGGUGAAUUGACAAAAUGAGCAAGUUACACCGCCAAUACGUUUCAAGUUGGGUCUGAGGGCAAACAGGAAGUGACGGAAAAGUUUUCAAGUUCUCCCUAUUUUUUAAGGUAGGAAAUCAAAACGCAUGUACAUA